AUGAUUCCAAGCAAAAGAAGGUAUCUUCUUCAAGAAGAUGGCGGUAAUGAUAAUUACGAUGGUAGUGGUAAUGGUAGGCAGAUCGAAUUCGAUGCCAAUAAUGGUAUGCUUCGUAAUAAGCGCUCCCGUACCAAUAUUUCGGGCUCCGGUAACGAUUAUCAAUCUUCCAACGAGGAUAGGUAUUCGCGGAAUCGCGCAAUUCUUGCCGCGACGCACUGGCGUACCAUUGGUGCAAGUGCGAUGUUUGGUAGCGGGGACCUAGGUGGUCAUAAGGUUCUCCCAAGAAUACAUCGAAUUUCGGACUACAAUAUGUGGGUUUCCGUCCACGGAUGGAAGUUUCAAGCUGGGUAUUGGAUCCCAUUCUUCGGCAUCGCUCUUCACCAUCCGCUAGCGUAUCGGUUUACUUUUGGUACUACGAUGCGACCACAAUACAUUGUCGGGUUACAAAUGGCAAAUUCGGUAUUCGACUCGAGGUAUCACUUCUCAAUAUCAAUGAGAGAUGUUGAUAGAGGUAGCCAGAGCACGGGUGUAGUCUUUGUGCACUUGUCGGUAAAGAAUGAACUCCUUCGAGACUGUCGAGAAGGGUACAUUCUUGCCGACUUGGCAUCAAUGAUGGAAUUUCUGGAGUAUUACCAGUCGUAUCUGACCAGCUGGACCAACCGCAAGGUGCACCCGGAUAGCAUAGACAACCACGUCAUUCCGGUACCCAACCACUCCCGUGGCAGCCCUGGUAAUACGAAUGCUGAUGGUAGAUCCUUUCGCUCUUCUCCUGGAUCCGCACCUCCUACCGGAUCCAGGUACUCAGCUGGUAUGACAACUUCCGCCGCAUACAAGCCGGUUACUGGUAGAAUGGAUCCCCCCAAAUCCCAGCGUCCUUGGGUAGAUCAGACCAUCGUUUCUGGAUCGGUAGCCCCAAUCCUUUCUUCUGGGUAUUCGGUCUCUCUACCGGCAAUCACGGUAGCAUCUGCGAGCUUUAAUGAUGCAAAAAUCUCCCUUGGUACCGGGCCGAUCGCAGCCUCGGUCACUCCAGGUACAACAGCUCUUUCUUCGUGGGGUAAUGUGGAACCUCUGCGCGAGGAAACCACCAAGGCUUUCAAAAUUGCGUACACCGGUGAAGAAUUGAUUGCGGAAGUUAGUAAGGACAGUGGUAUUUUUGCAGCGGACUCACCUGCUGCAUUGCCUUUGACAAUCCGCCGGUAUUUACGAGAAAGACAUGAUGGUAAAGGUAGUAAUGAGGAGAUCUUGGCAGCUCUGGCUGAAGAUUUUCUAGUGUUUCCCAAGGAGUUAGGUGUUGAGAUGGUCAUGUUUCGCGGGUAUUGA